UGAAGUGAUCGCUUGAACACCACGGACAGAUGCAUAGUAUAUCCAACAAAGAUCUUCAAUUAUUUAGUUGGUAUUUUGCACAAUAUUUACAUACUUUUAAACGGAAACAUUCCUAUUUUUCUCGUUGGUCACUCUGAUGCUGUGAGACUUGCCUUAAGAGAGUCAGCAUAGUGGCACAUCCUUUUUGUUUGAAAUAUCCAGAGACUUGACCACAGCGUUUCCUGUUGCGCUCGCAGUUGAAGAUGGUAGCUUCUGCGCAGGGCCAUACCGUAGGGUGAAGUAGCACUGUAGCCGUUCUACUGUGGGGGGCCAGUGAAUGAUCCAGUGCGCGGUGGCAGCUUGAGACAGCGUAAGGGGAGUGCUGCGUCGCAGGUGGCCAUCAUGGCGGACAAGGUGAAGAAGCUGCCCUACUUCUACGGCAACAUCACGCGCGAGGAUGCCGAAGGCUACCUGAAGCAGGGCGGCAUGAGCGACGGACUCUACCUGAUGCGACAGAGCCGCAACUACCUGGGUGGAUUCGCACUCUCCGUGGCCUAUGGGCGACAGGUGUACCACUACACCAUCGAGAGGGAGUUGAACGACACCUACGCCAUCGCGGGCGGCAAGUCACACCGCAACCCGGUGGACGUGAUCGACUACCAUGCGCAGGAGGCGGACGGCCUUAUCUGCCUGCUGAGGAAGCCCAUGAACAGGCCCAAGGGCAUGGAGCCCAAGGUGGGCGCCUUCGAGGACCUCAAGGAGGAGCUCAUCAGGCAGUACGUCAAGCAGACCUGGAGCCUCGCGGGACAUGCCCUGGAGCAGGCCAUCAUCAGCCAGAGGCCCCAGCUGGAGAAGCUGAUCGCCACCACGGCCCACGAGAAGAUGCCCUGGUUCCACGGCACCAUCACACGAGAGGAGUCGGAGCCACGCCUGAUGAAGAGUCCCCGCACCAAUGGCAAGUUCCUCAUCAGACAGAGAGACGCCAAUGGCUCCUAUGCCCUGUGCCUCCUCCAUGACGGCCAGGUGAUGCACUACCGCAUUGACAAGGACAAGUCGGGGAAGCUCUCCAUACCGGACGGCAAGAAGUUCGACACACUGUGGCAGCUGGUGGAGCACUACUCAUACAAGCCAGAUGGUCUCCUAAGAGUCUUGACUGAAUCCUGCUCUCGACCGGAAGGAGCAUCGAAUGAUAUAGGCCGCCCAGAGCUACCAGGCCACCAUCCUCGAGGUGCCACAGGUGGAAUACUCUCCAGACUCAAAUCCUACUCCUUCCCAAUACCUGGCUCCAAAAAGGAUCGUCCUUCCCAAAGACUUAGCAACAAAGAUAACAACCACAACACCUACGAAACCAGGGGUCCAAAUGCUGACGCCAUGCCCAUGGACACGGCGGUGUACGAGAGCCCGUACGCGGACCCGGACGAGCUGCGGCAGACGCAUGUGGACCGCAGUCAGCUGUUCCUGGAGGACGGAGAGCUGGGCUCGGGGAACUUUGGCACCGUGCUCAAGGGACUCUACACCAUGAGGAAGACCAAGAAGCCAGUGGCGGUUAAGAUCCUGAAGAACGAUGACAACAACACGGCGGUGCGUGACGAGAUGCUGCGCGAGGCCAACGUUAUGCAGCAGCUGGACAACCCCUACAUCGUACGCAUGAUCGGCAUCUGCGAAGCGGAGAACCUCAUGCUCGUUAUGGAACUGGCCGAGCUAGGGCCCCUGCACAAGUACCUGCAGAGGAACAAACUGAACGUUCCGGUCAAGAACAUCACGGAGCUGGUUCACCAGGUUUCCAUGGGAAUGAAGUAUCUUGAGGAGCAUAACUUUGUGCACAGGGACCUUGCCGCCCGCAACGUCCUGCUGGUCACUCAGCACUACGCCAAAAUCAGCGACUUCGGCCUCUCCAAAGCCCUCACAGAAGAGGAGAAUUACUACAAGGCGAAGGGACAUGGCAAGUGGCCAGUGAAGUGGUACGCCCCUGAAUGCAUGAACUACUUCAAGUUCUCCUGCAAGAGCGACGUCUGGAGCUUUGGGGUUCUGAUGUGGGAGGCCUACUCGUUCGGCCAGAAACCCUACAAGGGUAUGAAGGGAAAUGAGGUCAUCCAGAUGAUUGAGGGCGGUCAGAGGAUGGACGCGCCUGCCAACUGCCCCACAGAGAUUUAUGAGCUCAUGAAAAAGUGUUGGACAUAUAAGGCGGAUGACAGGCCAGGUUUCUCGGUAGUGGAGCCAAGAUUGAGGGACUAUUAUUAUGACAUCUCCCACUGAUCCUUUGCCAGCAGGAAGUAGCCGCCCAUCUGAGGAGACGUCUAGAAGUUUAUAUGGGAUUUACGGAUCGGCUCCCUUUUAUGUUUGAUGUCUGAAAGAAGUUACUGCAGUGGAGGGGUAAAAAAAGACACCUGCACCUCAUGGUUAUUAAGUUGAAAAGAUGACUGUUAAGAUGAAGGCAAUAAAUCUGAUGUCUUUUUUAAAUAUCAGUUCACACAACUGAAUUUGCCUUGAAUGUUAAAUAUUGUCAUAUUACAUGUUUUUUUCUACUGCGUUUAGCACGACUUCUUUAUUCAUGCUUUUGAUUACAUCAUGCAAAAUCCAUAAGGUUCCUUCUUUUAAAGCCAAUGAUAAAUUAAUAAAUAAAUAAAUAAAUGCUUAAGUCAUUCGCUUUAGAGCGGAGCAAUUUACUUUUCAGUGCACAUAUUUUAUACAGACAGAUUUUUUUUCUUUUUUUAACAGAACUGCGGUACAUACACAUACAUAGGCCUAUAUGUAAAUUUGAGUCUUGAUGGCUUCCCUUCCUGACAUUUAGUACAUCGUGCCAAAUUUCCUCCAAUUAUACUCUUCAUUUUUCUUACCAUUCAUAAAUUCAAUGCAAUAAAACCCUUUUGGAUUGCUGUAUGCUGUACAUUUACAUGACCUUUUGCACUUGGGUAAGAUAUGCCAAAAUAAUUGCUAUAUGUAACUGGAAAUGUUAGGAGAAGUGUGGAAGACGUGUAUGUGAAUACAUAGUUGGUAUGAAAGUAAGUUUGUGUUAAUUUUUUACAAGUAUUUAAGAGAUGCAGCUUGCAAAAUCUGUUGAUAGGCAAGCCUAAAUAUAAUGCUAAAUUCUCGCUUUAAAAGUAGAGUAUGGGCAUUUUUAGUACUGAAUUUCCAGAAUUUGAGCUGGCCAUUCACAAAUGUCAUCUUUUUCAUGUACUGUAUAUUCUCAACCACCACCAGUAAAUCAUUAGUGAAUAUUUAUGAAAAGAUCACAUUUGUGAAUGGGCAGCAUACGUUUUGAAAAUAUAACUGAAAUGACGUACUACCUUUUAAAAGCAUGCCCCAUCUUUUAAAGUUCUUUGGCUGUUAAUGGUAAGAAGAUAUUGAGAAGUGUAGGACAAUUUUCUAAAUAUUAUUUAAAUGUGUGAUUUUAUAUGUAUGUAAUUAACAGAAAUGGUGGAUGCAAAGUGAGCGUUACAAAGGUAUAUUUAAGUGGAAUAGGCAUCUUAAAAUCAAACAAUAAAAGUGAAACAUAAUUAUUAACUUUCCUUUGUAGUCUUUAGCACAGAUUACUUUAUCAUAUACAUUUAGUCUCCAGCAGUGUGACUAUGGUGUGAAGGUUAAAUCCUUGCCCAAAAGUCAAGUCCCCUUUGAUUUACCCCUUGAUGAAAUCAGAGGCUUUAUUUGUCCAAUCCCCACUUGGUUAUGGACGUCCCAUUGCACUGUGGUGUAAUCCAUCGUGGGCCUUUAAAUCCUGGCCUCCAUUGUCUGUCUAUGCUGUACAAGUCAAACUGUAAAUGCCAUAAUAUAUGCAUAUGUGGAAUUAAAUACACUGAAUUGGUGAUUUCUUACAUGUCGGCCUUUGAUCUGUUUUGUUUAUUUCACUCACCAUGAAAGAGCUCACAAACUCCCCAAACAGGUCAAGUCAAGUCAGCUUUUAUUGUCAG